AUGAUUAAAUUUUCUUUUCUGCUUCUCAUUUUGAGAGUAAUUCAAAAUGCUGAAAGCAAAUAUGAGCUCUUCUACUCUGCUUUCAUUGAUAACAAUUUCAAUAAUGAAGGUUUAUAAAUUAAUUAUUAAUUAGGGUGGCACAUUGAAAACAAUAGGAGCAAUCUUAUAUUUACGAUUUGUGAUAAUCAGACAUUGUUUGGGGGUUAUAACACUUUUGCUAUAAACACAUUAAUUACUUACAAUUCAAGUCUUCCGCCUCACUAUAAAAUAAAAAUUUCAUUCAAGUUUUGGAAGUAUAUGACAACUUUAUAUUUUAGAAUUGAUAGCUGGAAUGACGAAUGGCUUUACAUAUUCAUUGAUGAUUAAAUAAUAUAACAAAAGUUUGCUAUGAGAGAAGGUUAUCCAAUUUGUGGUGUUUUUGAUGCAGAUUCUUUAGAGAAAGAGGUCUUAUAUGAAGUCGAAAUGAUUCACACUAAUAAAUUUAUUUUUAAUAUAAUAACCUCAAAUUUAGACCAAGAAGGAAACAAUGUAUAAUUAUGAAAAAUUUAGGAAUCAUGGGGGAUUCAUGAAUUCAAAAUUGAAAUUUUAUAAUGCCCAAAAGGUUGCAUUUAUUGCUUUGAUGAUCUUAGUCCAUGUGAUUUUUGGAUCAAUAUUAAAUCAAUUUUGUAAACUCCAAGUUAGUUUGAUGAAUGGAAAAGGGAAGAUAAUACAACAAUCUCUUCAAGUAUAUGCGCUGGUUUAAAUAUAACUGGAGGAGAACAUAUAUUAGGAGUAAAUUAAACAGUAUAAAAUAUAAUCAUCAACUUCCCUCCACAUUUUUAGGCUAUAAUAGAAUUUAAACUCUGGUUAUUUGGCAAUUGGCCUAAUGAUACUUUUAUUCUUAAGCUUGAUGACUAUCAAUUAUUAGAAGUGCCUUUAAAAAAUUAAACUGGUCCUCUUAUUAAUUGUGGUGGCACUAAACAAAACGUUGCUUUUAUAAAUCUAAGGGCUUAAACAGAUCAUUCUUAAGAAUCAAUGAAAAUUACAUUUGCCACUAAGUCAAAUUCAAGUAAUAUCAAAUAUUGGGGAAUUAAUGCAUUUGAUGCAUAUAUUGCUAAAUGUUCAAAUAAUUGUCAGAUCUGCUUAGGACCUGGGCAAAAAUAAUGUAUUGCUUGCAUUAAAGAUUGGGUGCUAUUUAAAGGAGAUUGCAUCUAUUUUGAUAAAAUUCCUCCUUUAACCUGUGUGUCUACCAAGAUUAUUUAAAAAGUAAAACCAAUUUCAAAUAAUAUUAACUAAAUAUAGUUUCAAAGUGAUUUAAUGGCUUAAAAGUCCUUAAAAUUAGGCGAAAAUGAAAUAGAAUUUGAUUAAACAAUUCCUACCUUAAACUUUGAAAUUCAAGCCCGAUGCCUUCAGAACUUAAAAAUUCAAAAUUCCAUUAAAAUCUUUAUUAGAUAAAGCGAUUAGCAACAAUACAUGUUUACUCGCGGUUGCCAAGAUAGUUCCCCAGGUUUUAUUUUUUAAAUAAAUUUACAAUAAAAGUUUGAACAAAUUAAAUAAUUUAUACUGAAUUUAAGUGAAACAAGUGUUGAAUUAUAUUAAUUAGUCAUUUUGGAUUAUCAGGAGACUAAAAUUUUAACCUUUAGCGUAAAUUUCACAUCGAUUUGA